ACCACACAAAGCCAUUGGGACAGUUUACUUAGCUGUAUCCCGCACAUUCAAGGCUCUAUAUUCAGCGAUACAUUAGUAUAAACUAUGUAUAAACUAUAAUGACACAAACAAUAUUGUCUCUUAUUUUUACUGAAAAUAACAAUCUCACAGAAGCACAAGUGUUUCUGUGUGACGUUGCCGGGGCACCAUGGAAACAGCUCGUAUCUUGUCACAGCUCCAGAACUACAGCGACACGACUGAUGCCGAGCAGCUCAACGGAGGACGUUCUCUGCUAGCUGGGGUAGCUGCUGUUAUCCACCAUAGCCAGCUAGUCUUGUUCAGUUUGACCUAGCUAACUAGCGAGCUAGGUUAGGUUAGUGACUGUUGGCAAGCUUGUUAGCUAGCUAACGUUAAUUGUUAGCUAGCUAUAAUAGCAAGCUACUUGUUUUUUGCUUGGAAGACGUUGUCAAGUGGUUGUCCGCAGAACAAAGUCUCAGAGGAUGCUCGAAUCAAUAAACGUCACUGGCUCCAUUGGCCAGAGAUGGAGCAGUCUAAGAAGUUCCUCCUUAGCUCGAUGGUGCCGGUAGAGAUGGAGAUCUCUAAGAAGUACUCGAGCCCCAGGGUGCCAGACAAGCGGCCUGUGAGCCCCACUCAGGUGUGCCUGGAGAAGCUGUCCUCCAGCAUCCUCAAGGACCUCUUCACCACGGGAACCAGCAGCUACAAUGUACUCCUGCAGGCCGAGGAGGAGGAGAGACAGAGCCCCAAGCACUCCCUGUACCGCAGGCCCAAGAAGACUGUGAGAUGUGCCUCUACAACCUGCAGGUCACACGACAGCCACCGCCGUCCGUCUGUAACUCCUCUGUUACUGUUGGGCCAGCAGGGCAGCGGAGACACCAGGCUCAUCCCACCACCAUGUCUUCUCCUCCGCCUCAGGGGGCUUCCCCAGCGGGCCCAAGCCAGCUCACAGCAUCAAGGUCCUGGGUAG